ACAUUUAUAAAAACUACAAAAAUUUUGAAUUUCCAUCAAGUCUCAUUAAAAUCCAUUUACAUCAAAUAUUUUAAAAGCUCAGAGCCUGAAAAUGUUCAAGGAACUUGUUACAUAUGUGCACAAUGUUGCGCAUAACUUUUGCCUUGUUCGUCCUUUGGCCGUUGCAGCGCGUGGAACCGGCUGUCGUCCCAUUGUGAAGAAUUGUAUUUUGUCCAAUAUUAUAUUCUUUAUUGCGAUUUUCUCGCCGCUUUACGUGUGCCUGCUUAAGGAUGUCCUCAAUGUGCUGCGCGACGUUAACAAUAAGUUCUCCAUUGGCAAGUGAAUCGGCCUCGGAGACGUUGCCAGCGCUUUGAAGCAGUCUUGGGCAGAUUUUACCGUAUGGAAAACCAGAUGCAGCGUACAGACAUCCGCACACAUUAAACUCCAAAUAUAUUUAUAUCAUUUAC